UUAAAAACAUAUCCAAAUACUCUCAGACUCUUGAAGAGAUAAACGUUCCCCCUGAUCCCUGAUUGGCUGAAAAAAAUUGAUUAUUAGUAAACAAUCCAAAAUAUCAAUAGUAUCAAAAAGACCAAUAUGAAUCUUCAAUACUAUAAAAAUUUUAUCGACAAAGAGAGUUUGAAAAUGAGAUAACAUCUUUGUGGUUUGGUGGAAAAAAUAAGCGAGAUAAUCGUAAACAAAAUAUAUCCUCAAAAUUGUUGAUUUCUGAGUUUCAUUACCUGCAUCCAUCUCCAUUACCCAACCCUCAACCUUCCUUCCGCAACCAUGAUUCCAGCCAAAAGAAGAUAUCUUCUUCAAGAAGAUGCUGGUAAUGAUGAUUGCGAUGGUAGUGGUAAUGGUAGGCAGACCGGCUUCGAUGCCAAAAAUGGUACGCUUCACAAUAAGCGCUCCCGUACCAAGCUUUCGAGCACCGGUAGCGAUUAUCAGUCUUCCAACGAGGAUAGGUAUUCGCGGGAUCGCGCAAUUCGUGCCGCCGCGCAUUGGCGUACCGUUGGUGCAGGUGCGAUGUUUGGUAGUGGGGACCUAGGUGAUCGCAGGGUUCUUCCGAGAAUGCACCAAGUGGCGACGCACAACAUGGGGGUUUCCGUCCAUGGUUGGAAGCUUCAAGCUGGGUAUUGGAUCCCAUUCUUCGGUAUCGCUCUCCACCAUCCGCUAGCGUUCCGAUUGACUUUUGGUACUACGGUGCCACCACAAUACAUCGUCGGGUUACAAAUGGCGAAUUCGGUAUUGGACUCAAGGUAUCACUUCUCAAUAUCAAGGAGAGAUGUUGAUAGAGGUAGACAGAGCACGGAUGUAGUCUUUGUGCACUUGUCGGUAAAGAAUGAACUCCUUCGAGACUGUCGAGAAGGGUACAUUCUUGCCGACUUGGCAUCAAUGAUGGAAUUUCUGGAUGAUUACCAGUCGUAUCUGGGCGGCUGGACCAAACGCAACGUGUACCCGGAUACCAUCGACGUCAUGUUAGGGCAUGGCUGA